UCAGUCCGUCGGAUGAUUUGAAUCUCGCGACGAAUGUCACCCAAAAUGAAUCCUUGCCUUACAUUCCGAUGGCUGAUCGAUCAGAACGCUUCUUGGUACCGAUACUUUUUGCACUGAUAUUUUUAGUUGGCGUCAUCGGGAACGGCGCUCUAGUUUAUUUCUUUUUUAAAUAUCCCCAAAUGCGGAGCGUGCCCAACACAUACAUCUUAUCGCUAGCCUUCGGAGAUAUUCUUGUUCUCUUGUUUGCUGUCCCGUUUGUGUCUAUUGUGUUCACGUUAGAAGACUACCCAUUUGGUGAGAUAGUGUGCAAGAUGCAAGAAACCAUGAAAGAUAUUUCUAUUGGAGUUACGGUUUUCACACUGACUGCGCUGAGCGUCAAUCGUUAUUACGCGAUAGUUCACACUUUCAACCAGCGAAAUGAUGGGAUGAAGCACACGCUCAUAGUCACGGCCUGUAUUUGGAUUUUUUCACUGCUACUCUCAAUACCAGCAGCCGUUUUCACAGACCUACGAACUUUCCCCAAGUCUAAUUCUGAAAAUUUAGUCGCUUGCUUCCCGUUCCCGGAAUAUUUGGGUACUUUCUACCCCAAAUUUAACGUCCUAUUCAAAUUUCUCAUCUACUACUUCAUUCCGCUGAUGAUCAUCAGUACUUAUUACGUCCUGAUGGCUCGACACUUGAUGACGCAGGACAUACCAGGGGAAUGUCUGCCCCAGCAGCGUACCACUCAUCAGCGGCAAGCGGCAUCGCGUCGUAAAGUCGCAAAGAUGGUCCUGGCAUUCGUGCUAAUUUUUGCCGUGUGUUUCUUCCCUAACAACGUCUUCAUGAUGUGGUUCUACUUCCACCCAACGGCACUCGACGACUUCAACUACAUCUGGAACUGCAUGCGCAUCAUUGGCUUUUGCCUGGCGUUCUUCAACUCCUGCAUUAAUCCAAUUGCCUUGUAUUGGAUCAGUGGUACAUUCCGCAAGCAUUUUAAUAGGCAUGUAUUUAUUUGUAUUCGUCUCGACGAAGCCCACAUUCCUUCCCUCUCACAAUAUAACUUUCAGUCGUCGACAAGGGCUUACGCUAACAUCAAGACCGAGAACUUUGAGAUUUCUUCCAUGAACGGUAAUGAUAAGAUCACAAUGUAGU